AUUAUCAUCAUCACAUUUAUAGAGAGAAAUUUGUUUUUAAUAAAAGUUUGUUAAGGUAGAUUGGUGGAAAUUUCAAUUAUGUAUAUGUUGCUUAUCCUUUAUGAUUAAUUUUAUGAUAAAUCUACUUUUAUAAUCAUCCUAAUACAAUAAAUAGAUGCACAAUAAACAAAACUCAAUGCUUGUUAUACCGUAUAUAUAUAUAGAAGUUUACACGUGAAUAAUAGAAAUUACUCCUUAUGGAUUUAGUAUUAAUAUAAUUUGUUGGCAAACUGUUUCAUAUCAGUUUCAAAUGACUGAACAAGGAAUUUUGCAUGCGUUUUCAUUAAUUGAUACUGACAAUGAUGGGAUAAUUACAACUGAAGAUCUUGAAAGAUAUUCUAUGAAAAGCACAGUGGCAGAUGAUUUUGUCUCAAAAUGGAGAAAGUUAUUUGAUGAGGACAAUACUGGUGAAAUAACAUUUAUUCAUUUUUGUGAUGUUCUUGGUAUCAGCAAAAAGAAAAGAGACGAAAUACUUAAAGAAAGAAACAUAGUAAUUCCAGAUUCAAUACCUAAACCAAUCGUCUACUCAAGCAACCUAAAUCCAGAGAUGCAGCAGAAAAUAUUGAGAAUUAUAAAAUAUGGAUGGAAUAAACAAAAUGAUCAUUCCAAUUUAUAUGAAAUAACUGUACAAUGUGAUCGUGAAUUCGGUUCACGUUGGAGAGGACGUGUUAUCAACAAUACACAACCAAUAAAAGAAGCAGUUAAGGGAAAAUAUCUGGUGUUCAGUUGUGAUAAUGGAAAAACCAUAUGGUGCCUUUGGUUAGGAAAUGAUGAAAAAGACAGAUCCGUAGGAUGUUGUUGCUGUUAAUUCGUUGUAAUUUUAAAAAGACUUCAUUCUUGUUUUAUUUAAUUAUCUUAAACUAUUGUUAUAAUGCAAUAUACUUUUGUGUUAACUUCAACUCUUACGUAAUAAAAAGUUGUAUUCACAUAUACUAAUGUUAUUCUAGUGACAUCAUGGACCAAAACCAACCAUGUUAUAAAUCAUUUUCUUCUUCUAGUUAAAAUAAAUUAUGUGUCACUUUUUUUCACUUUUAAAGAAAUUUUGUUGAUUAUAAUAAUAGACUAUUUUAUUAAUUAA